UACUAGAUCAUCACGAGCAUCGUCAUCGACCAAAAGAAAAAAUCUCCCAACACCCAGAGCUCAAACCGUAGCUACUAACCAAUGGCGACUCCGGCGAGCCGGAACGCCGUGUCCUACACCCUCCUCGGCCCACCAGCAGAGAGCCUCCGCGCGGCGUCCGCGCGCGCGGCGGCGGCGGCCGAGAAGGCGGCCGCGGCCAUGCCCACCACCGGCGACGCGUUCCUGGACCUGAUGGACGCCGAGUUCAACAAGCCGGCUCCGAAGCCGACGCCCGCGCCGAAGAAGGCGCGCACGGAGAACUCGUCGCCGACGUUCGUCUCCUCGGGGGACCCCUGCCUCGACUUCUUCUUCCACGUCGUCCCGGGCACCCCGGCCGCGUCCGUCGCCUCCCUCCUCGCCGACGCGUGGGCGGCCGAGCCCAGCACCGCGCUCCGCCUCGCGUGCAACCUCCGCGGCGUGCGCGGCACCGGCAAGUCGGACCGCGAGGGGUUCUACGCCGCCGCGCUCUGGAUGCACGGCUGCCACCCCACGACGCUCGCCCUCAACGCCGGCCCCGUCGCGGAGUUCGGCUACCUCAAGGACCUCCCCGAGAUCCUGCACCGCAUCAUCCACGGCGGUGUCUCCACGAGGACCCCCGGGAAGAAGGCCCGUCUCGCCGCCUUGGGAGGCUUCGUCGUCCGUUCCCGCGACGGCAGCCAUCGUCGUUUCGUCCACAACCGCCCAGAGAGCAGGCCUCGGCGCAAGGGGAACGCGCCACGCGGCGCCGAGACGAGGGAGGCGCGCGUCGCUGCCGCCAACGAGCGCGACCGCAAGCUUUCAGCCGACGCGGCCGUCGAGCGCAGGAAGAGGCGCGCGGAGGCCGCGGCAAGAGCCGUCGACCGGUACGCCCGUGACCCCAAGUACCGCCUCCUGCACGACUGCACGGCGGAUCUGUUCGCCAAGCUCCUCGCCGAGGACCUGCAGAAGCUCGCCGACGGCAAGCUCAGCGACAUCUCGCUUGCCGCCAAGUGGUGCCCGUCGCUCGACAGCUGCUACGACCGCUCCACGCUCCUCUGCGAGGCCAUCGCGCGCCGCCUCUUCCCCAAGGGCUCGGCGCCUGACCUCCCCGACGACUUGGAGGACGCGUACUACGCCUACCGAGUGCGCGAACGCCUCCACAAGGCGCUCGUGCCGCUUCGCCGUGCACUCAAGCUCCCCGAGAUCUUCAUCUCGGCGAAGGCGUGGGGUGACGUGGUCUACAAGCGCGUGGCGUCCGUGGCCAUGAAGAACUACAAGGACCUCUUCGUCAAGCGCGACAAGGAGCGGUUCGAGAGCUACCUCGCCGACGUCAAGUCCGGCAAGGCGAAGAUCGCGGCGGGCGCCCUGCUACCCCACGAGAUCCUGGCGUCCAUCGACAGCGACGGCGUCGCCGACCUGCAGUGGGAGCGCAUGGUCACCGACCUGCGGGCGCUGGGCAGGCUCAGCAAUUGCAUCGCCGUGUGCGACGUGUCGGGCAGCAUGGACGGCCUCCCCAUGGACGUCUGCGUCUCGCUGGGCCUCCUCGUCUCCGAGCUCAGCGGCGAGCCGUGGCACCACCGCGUCAUCACCUUCAGCUCGCGGCCUCAGCUGCACCAGAUCCCUGACGGGACCCUGAUGGAGAAGACCAACUUCAUCCGUCGCAUGGAGUGGAACAUGAACACAGACCUGCAGGCCGUGUUCGACAAGCUCCUCCACAUUGCGGUCGCCGGCAAGCUUACCCCGGAGCAGAUGGUGAAGAGGGUGUUCGUGUUGAGCGACAUGGAGUUCGACCUCGCGUCGUCGAGGCCGUGGGAGACCGACUACGAGGCGAUCACGAGGAAGUUCACGGAGGCCGGGUACGGUGCGGUGGUGCCGGAGGUUGUCUUCUGGAACCUGAGGGACUCGGACUCUGUGCCUGUGACAGCAUUGCAGAAGGGGGUGGCGCUGGUGAGCGGCUUCUCCAAGAACAUGGUGAAGGUGUUCCUUGAUGGCGACGGAAUCGUGACGCCGAGGGGCAUCAUGGACAAGGCCAUCUCUGGGCCGGAGUACCAGAAGCUCGUCGUCUUCGAUUGAUCGUCUCGUCUCAAGUGUAGCUACUUUUAGUAUGCUUUCUGGUUUUUUUUGCUCUCGUUGUAAGUAGUACUUGCCUCCCUAAAGAAAACAAUUCUCCCUAAAGAAAACAAUUCUAUCUCGUCAUGUCUUCCUCUUGAGUAUACAGAAUGUGAACUAUGUGGAAAUUGAAUGAACUCUUAUGUUUCUGCAGUUGAUUUCGCGCUGAAA